CAACACAGACAGACCGCCACACACAGGUGAGAAGAAGAGACAGAGGACCCCCUCUCCAAGACGCCCCAGAGAGCAGGAAGAGACGUUCGUCUGGACUCAGCCUCGGGUAAAGACUUGGUCGAGCGAUGAUGCUGACGAGGACGAAGACAAAGAAGAAAGGGCACACGGUGUUGGAGAUACUGCAGAGGGACUGUUCUACUGUCCUGAGCCAUCGCCCUGCGGGAUUCCUGGACAGGCUUUCCUGUCCUCAGGACAUUGGGAGGGAGAGCGCCCCUGUGCUCCACGACACCUACAGGCCCUCUUCACCUCUGACCUCCCUCGCUGACCUCGCUUCGUCUCCCGGCCUGUCCGUCGGAGGACACCUGUGGCCAUACUACGCAGGGGUCCUACGGCCACACCCGCACGUGCACGUCUCGCAAACCGCGCGUCCCGCGCCGUCCUACCAGCCAACGGGAUUCGACGGGAUAUUUCCUCCCAAGGUCCUGGCUCACGCCGGACCAAUUGAGACCAAAAAUAUUAAAGACGCAGGAGUUACCAAACCAGUGGACUGGAGGACACCACGCUUUCCCACGCCCCUGUCCGACACGCCCGAGGUUCGUCAGGCAGCCGUCGUCAACGCAGGGGGUCCGUGUCCCGGUCCUUCUGCCGUAGCUCCAUCCCCCAGGGAGGCCACAGCUGCACCUCCUGGAGGAGCCCAGGCAGAGGAGGCCCCAGAUGUGAGGACCACGGGGGCACCGAGGGUCACGGGGGGCAGGAAGCUGCCCUGCCCCUUACACAGGGAGAAGGGAAAGCUCCGCUACGAGUGCAGAGUCUGCCAAAAGAACUUCAGUCAGCUCUCCAACCUGAAGGUACAUUUAAGGGUGCACACCGGGGAGAGACCGUACAGGUGUGGGACCUGCAGGAAGAACUUCACCCAGUUCGCUCACCUGCAGAAGCACUUCCUGGUUCAUACUGGGGAGAAACCACAUGAGUGUCCGGUGUGUAUGCGGUGUUUCAGCAGUACCAGUAAUCUGAAGACCCACCUGAGACGACAUGUAGGCGAGGGGGACAUCCACAUACACCUUUAGCUGCACACACACUUGCGCACCUGCAAGUCUCCACCUGUACCCGCCACCAGUGUGCUCACUUGUAACCAGAUGGGGGCGCCGUUGAGCUACCAGCGAGUCCUACAGCGUCAUGAAGAAGGCACCUGGGACAAUAACAUUUUUCUGAACAUCAGUGUUAUUGCACAUUUGGGCAUCUGCAAACUUAAAGUUUAGUUUAACAAAUCUUUAAUUUAUUAAUUUAACACAUUUUCUACGUACCUUUUCUCCACAUUGCGGUUUUAUUUGUGA